CCUUAACGUAAUUUCCGUCGGCCUCAGUUGAACUUCCGCCGUUCAAGGGUAUCUAAACGAAAGGCAAGUCAACAUGUACAGGUUCGCUAAAGCCGCGGUGAACAUCACCGGUCAAGCUGCACGACAAGUGAGGCACGGUUCGACCGCUCCCCAAGACUUCCACUCGAAGUAUGGUACCGGUUUGUUGGUUGGCGGUUUUGUGUUCUGCACAGCAGUGUGGUCAUACGUGUUGACUCAGGCUGGCAUCACCUGGAAUCUGUCCCCUGUUGGGAGGGUCAUGCCCAAACCAUGGAGAGAGACUGAGGAGUAGAAAGAGAAAAACAAAACAACCCUUCAUGGUGAAGACCCAAUCUUUAACGUUCUAACUGUACAUAUGAGCAGUAAACUGCCUUUGUGUUUAAAUUUUGUCCAAAUAAAUUAAAGUGAUUAA